AUGUCGUUCAUCGUCGAACAUGCGAAACAGGCCGUCACCGACAAACAAACUAAUGUCGUCAUUUUCUCGGCCACGGCCAUUGCCCUCUACGGGUAUGAUCAGGGAAUGAUGUCCCUCAUCAACACGAAUUAUGACUACCUAUCCACCAUGGGCCUCGAGGAGGAGUCACCAGUUGUGGGUGUGAUCGUAGCGGUUUACUACCUCGGCUGCGCUGUCGGCGCUGUGCUCUUCUCCAUGCUCGCUGAUAAGUUGGGAAGGAAGAAGAGCAUCUUUGCCAGUCUGGCAACAGCUAGUUUGGGAAAUCUGAUCAUGUUCGUAGCCGGAAUGGGCAUGUUGGGAAAGAGCACGGAGAUCGCAUUGGGCGUUAUGCUUGCUGGACGCGUGGUGAUGGGAUUGGGCGUUGGAGGCAUCGACGCAGUCAUUCCCACCUACUCCUCCGAGUUGAGCGCCGACGACUCUCGUGGUAAAGCUCUGGCCCAGGAAUUCCAGUCCAACAUCUUCGGUCUCGUAAUGGCGUUUGGUAUCAACUUGCUCGUCACCAUCCUCCUUGGAAAGCAAAACCAGUGGGCAUGGCGCGUCCCUAUCAUUGUCAUGCAAGUCUACCCCGUCCUGUUGAUGGCAUUUGUCGAACGCCUUCCGGAAUCACCGCGUUGGUUCAUCUUCCAUGACCGCCAAGAUGAUGCGAAGAAGGCAUUGGACGACAUCUAUGGAGAUGAGGGCAAGGAGAAGCUUGAUGAGCUACUUGAACAGCACGAGAAGGAGAAGGAUAUCAAGGUUGGGUACAUGGAUAUGCUCACCCCCGGCCACGAGCAGUUCCAUCCUACUAUGGUCACAGUGAUGUGCCAGGUCAACCAGGCGCUUACGGGUUACGGUGCAGUUAGUGUGUACGGGCCGCAGAUCUUUGAGCUCCUUGGGUUCUCAGUCCGCAACUCUGAAUACCUCACCCUUGGUAACUACGUGUCCUACUUCUUCCUCAUGACGCUCGCUUGGCUCUUGAUCGAUGCUAUGGGCCGACGCAAGAUCAUGAUUCACAGUUCUGUCAUCCUCGCCACCUCGUUCGCACUUCUCGGUGUUUUCGGUGGCUUAGCAGCAAACUCCGAGCCGAUGAACAUUCCCAUUAUCGUCCCCGGAAUCAUUGGAACCGUCAUCUUGUUCGUGGCCACCGGCGCUUUCGGAAUUGGCUGGCUAUCAACCGUGUGGUUGUUCCCCACUGAGGUCUUCCCGACCACCGCUCGCGCCCAAGGCACCGCUAUCUCCGUCAUCAUCUGGGGCCUUGCCAACUUCGCCAUCACCUUCCUUACACCCGUCUUGUUCAACAACCUCGAUUACUGGAUUUUCGUCGUGUUCGCUGCAACGAAUGCUUUCGCUGGGCUAUGGACGUACUUCUACCUCCCAGAAACUGGUGGCAGGACUUUCGAUGAGAACAUGGACUUCUUCAAAGAGGCGGGCGAGCAGGGAACAUGGAGGGUUGGUAAAGUCGGCAAGGGCGAGUGGAAGAAGAUGUACUACCCUGAUGCUGAAGGAGGAGAUGCCGUCGAGGCCGAACGCGUACCGCUGUUGCAGAGAGUGGAAGACCAGGUCCCUAGCGUGGAACAGUCUAGAGAGCCCAGCCAGCAACGGGAACAAUAG